AUGGAAGGUAGUGGAAGUGAAAGAAAGCGAAAGAAACCGGAAGGGGAGCACCAGCCGCCCUUAAGUACCGGAUACCAGGAGGAUGAUAUAGUACAGCUAGCAGCCACUAGGCAGCGCCCACCGAGCAGCACCAGCAGCAGCAGCACAGCGAAAAAGGAACCAGGGCCGGGAAAUGAGCAGCAUCCACAAGCAGCAGCAGCAGCAGACGCAGCCGAGGGCCGUGCUGCAACCAGACUCUGCUGUGUAAUUCCAUUUCCAUUUCCACUUCCACUUCCAUUUCUGCUGGUUAUUCUUCCUCCGGUUGAAGCUGGAUAUGGAUAUUGA